AUGCACACAUGUAGUGUAUCUGGUGAACACGGUCACGGACAGCCGGAUGGCUCAGCUAGGCCGGACGUAAUCCAAUCCAAGGAGUCUAGCGCACGGUGGAGCAGUUGUCAGCGCUGGCGGUCCACCUUGUCCUGCAGCGUUCACGGGAACAAAUUGAGGAGGGAGAUAAGACCACAAUCCGGGCGGAUGUUGGAUUCUCCCUUGACGAAGCUGGCGGGGAAGAGUCAUGCCCGGGAGAUAGGGGACACGGGGAAACACACCCAGAGGAGGCGGCCGAGGGACGAAACCGGAUGGCGAGGAGGAGACUCGCACUCAGCAGAGGGGGGAGACGUUUGGGAGAAACGGUGGGCAAGCAGCGAUGAAAGCGACGAAUCGAUAGACGGUAUGGACGGCAGCGGGUUCGAGCGGGAAGGACAACGGGGCUUCUGCGAGUACGACGAGUCAUCAUGCAUCACGAUGGCGCCAAGCAGGGAUACGCUCCGCACGUGAUGCACCCGUGGGCUGCGAAGGCUCAACAUAUCAUUUAUGCACUAGUGCCGACAAGAAGCGCACAUCUUCGCCCAAAUCCAAGGCCAGGGGCAAGAAACGCAAGGUCACUACUACCCCCCGCUCUAGUGCCCACGACGACACCGACGCCGACGCUGCCGACGACGUGAUUGCCGAACAAGCUGGUCACCAUCGACCGCAAAGAUGACGACGAAGAUGACCCCGACCAACCAGAGGACGAGGGGUAGGACGAGGACGCCAUCGGGGAUCAU